CAGGGAAGCGGCGUAAUGACUGGAGGAUCUCUGUGUUAUCCCGGCUGUCUCCACAGGGUAUCAGUGUGGCCCCGCGGAGAGACCUAGAAUAGAGGCGGGCAGUGGAUAAGCAGCACAGGAAGUGGCUUUCCUCUUGUGAUGCGAAGGAAAAGAACGGUCAAAGAAGUCCCCUGGGUCGACUUUUGAAUACUUGAAUCAGAUCGCAGCGUAGUCUUCUUUGUUCAAGGCUGAAUAGAUUCAAUUCUUUUAGCCUGUCUGCAUAUGACAUGCCUUUUAAAUCCGGGAUAAUUCUGGUUGCUCUUCUUUGCACUCUUUCUAGAGCAGCAAUAUCCUUUUUGUAACGAGGUGACCAGAACUGAACACAAUAUUCUAGGCCUCCCCACACAAGCCUGUCUGCUGCGUCCCUCAUCCAUGUUGCUCCGGCGUGUUUCCUAAGUUCAUCUUAACAUCUUCCUGGAGGUCGUCUUCUUGAUCUCUUUAUGUCUCUUGGGAUCCAGUCUAGUAUCUUCUUGGUCCAGCGAUGGUUCCGAGGGUGAUGACGUCAUAAUCGAUGGAGGGCGGUGCUGGUUGUGAUGACCUCACAGCCUGGGAGCUGGUUCCGGCUUGGCAGUGCAGUGUGGUGAGGCGGCGCUUUCUGGAGAGAGGCAGUGGGGAUGAGACCCCCAGAGGGGGAUCAGUCUGUCGAAUCCUGAUCGAGAGCGAUGCAACAGACCCCCUCUGCAGCCAGCUCCUCCCCUAUCCCAUCAACCACUGGACCCCGCUCACCAUGGGGGAGGGGGAGUGUGACAUCAUCGAGGGGGUGCUGGAGGGCAUGCGGGCAGGGGAGCGCUGCAAGGUGGUGAUCAGCAGCCUGGAGAGCUCCUCCUGUCUGCAGACCCAGGAGCUGCGCCUCACCCUGCAGCUGCACAGCUUCACCCCGGGGAGGGACUCCUGGGAGCUGAGCUUCGAUGAGAAGUGGGGUUCCAUCGCGAGGCACAAGCAGAAGGGGGGUGUGAGGUUCAGAGAGGGAGACAUGUGGGGCGCAGCGCACAGAUACUCCCUGGCCACGCGCCUCGCUGUCACUCUGCAGAGGGUCGUGCCAGCCGAGUGGGACCCAGAAUUCCAGCGAGUCCGCUCUGAGCUCCACGCCAACCUGGCGGCCUGCCAGCUCCGCCUGGGCCAACCACACAAUGCCCUACUGAGCGCCACUCGUGCCCUAGGCCUCCAGCCGUGCUGCACCAAGGCCCUGUACCGCAGGGGGCUGGCCCUCUCCAUGCUCGGGGAGUUCAAGCAGGCCAGAGCUGACCUGCGCAGGGUCCUGGAGCUGGAACCAGCCUCGAAACCAGCUCUGCAGGCACUGAGAGACCUGGAGCGGAGAGAGAGGGAGCAGAGGGGCCAGCUAGCCAGGGCUAUGAGCAAGCUGUUCAACUAGGAGAGAGGCAGAGGGUGGAGAGGAAAAGAGGAUAGAGGGAGAGAGAGAGCAGCCAGCCAGGGCUAUGGGCAAGCUGUUCAACUAGGAGAGGGCAGAGGGUGGAGAGGAGAAGAGGAGAGGAGAGAGAGAGCAGCCAGCCAGGGCAAUGAGCAAGCUGUUCAACUAGGAGAGUGGCAGAGGGUGGAGAGGAGAGGAGGAGAGAGAGCAGCCAGCCAGGGCUAUGAGCAAGCUGUUCAAUUAGGCGAGAGGGGGCAGAGGGUGGAGAGGAGAGGAGGAGAGAGAGCAGCAGCCAGCCAGGGCUAUGAGCAAGCUGUUUAACUAGGAGAGAAGGGGCAGAGGGUGGAGAGGAGAGGAGGAGAGAGAGAGAGCAGCAGCCAGCCAGGGCUAUGAGCAAGCUGUUCAAAUAGAAGACAGAGGGUGGAGUGGAGAAGAGAAGAGAAGAGGAGAAAGAGAGCAGCAGCCAGCCAGGGCUAUGAGCAAGCUGUUUAAUUAGGAGAGGGCAGAGGGUGGAGAGGAGAGGAGAAGAGGAGAGAGAGAGAGCAGCCAGCCAGGGCUAUGAGCAAGCUGUUCAACUAGGAGAGGGACAGAGGGUGGAGAGGAGAAGAGAAAGAGGGCAGCUAGCCAGGGCUAUGAGCAAGCAAUGUGCUGUUCUGUAUUUAAAGUGUACAAAAAUCAAUUGAGUUGUCUUUUUCCACUUUUAAAAGUUUUUCAUACAAAACAUUUAUAGUAGUGUAUUGAUUGGUCAAUAGUGAUAGGCCUACAAGCAUUCAUUUCAACAAAAGUCUCAGGGUCAAUUGCAAUGAGCUCACAACAGUGUCGAACUGGAGAUCAUCCAUUCUGUUUUAUCCUCUGUAUCUUAACUGUAAUACAGCUUUAAAUCCUGUGAACAAGUCUCCAUUCCUGAUUGUAAUCUCAUUUUAAAUCUCGCAAGCGGAGUCCAAUAGAAAUGUAAGAAUAUGCAGUCACUCAGUAGUUGGGGUGGGUUUAAAGUAUUCAGAACGAACCAAUGAUAGAAACAAGUCAGGAACGAGGGGACAUUGCCCAGCAGCACUGGGAAAUGUAGUUUUUUUUUUUUAAACAGGAAAGGGGUUAAGUCAGCAUGAAUUGAGUAACAAUUUCCAGUGUUGUUCCGGUGUUUAUUGGCUAUCCACCAGUAUAAUUUUUUGGUAUCGGUGGUGUUUGAUAGUUUAUCGGUUAAAAAUGAAAAUCAUAUAAUCCACCAGGCUGGGUCAUUUAGUACAAUUUGUAAUUUAUUCUGAAUAGUAUUCAGGAUGCGCCCUAUAAUCUAGACGUCGCCGGUUUGAGUCCAGGCUAUUCCUUUGCUGACCAACGACGGGAGCUCCCAGGGGGCUGUGCACAAUUGUCCGAGUGCCGCCCGGGGGGUGGGAGGGUUAGGUCGGCCAGGGCAUCCUCGGCUCACCGUACACCAGCGACCCCUGUGGUCUGGCCGGUAGGCAAUAAGGCACGACGGUGUGGGAUGUACUCGAAUAUCCACACGCCCCGGGUGCGUUGUAAGUCACGAGGCAAAGCCGGAGCAUUAUUUAUAGCUGUUAAAUUGAACACUGCCAUUGAAAUGGCAGCUUUGAAGAUUUACAGGCCCUUUUUUAGAUUUAGCAGGUGGAGCUGCAGCAGGCGAUUUCGAGCACCAUGGUGUUUGAGUUGCCCUUGUCGUUGUCUGAGGAAGUGGAGCAGGACAGUCAUGCUGACCUUCUUUGCCAGGUCUGGCCAUAUUUAGUUGAACAUCAAAACAAACCUUUCUCACAAGCAGUGUUGGGGAAGAUUUCAUUCUUUGUGAUCUGGGAGCAGUGACAGGAGGUAUUCAUGCCAGAUUUGCGGUACCAUUUCCAGUAACAACAAAGAUGUUUGCAUUUUGAAAUACUCAGACAGUGGCAUAAAAAGGACACCCGAUGCCCAGGCAGUGGACUUCUGUGUAUUUUUUUUUCCUUUUUUUUUUUCUAUGUCCAGAAGCUGUGCAUCGGUAAGUUCGAUACUAGCAGUAUUACAUUUUUUUGCCACUUGAAUAAGUGUUGGUGUCUGAUUCAGACUCAUCCAAAAUCUCAUCGAGUUUGGUUUCCCAAAAGAUAAAAAUUGAUAUACCUCGUCCGCCAUCUUUAUUGCGAAUUUAAAUAUGCCUAAUGGUUUUUUUCAUAAUUAUAUAUUAAAUGUGGUUAGUCAUGUUUAUUAAUAUAAAUUAAUAAAUUAGGAGGCUGUGUGGUCCAGUGGUUAAAGAAAAGGGCUUGUAACCAGGAGGUCCCCAGUUCAAAUCCCACCUCAGCCACUAACUCAUUGUGUGACCCUGAGCAAGUCACUUGACCUCCUUGUGCUCCGUCUUUCGGGUGAGACAUAAUUGUAAGUGACUCUGCAGCUGAUGCAUAGUUCACACACCCUAGUCUCUGUAAGUCGCCUUGGAUAAAGGCGUCUGCUAAAUAAACAAAUAAUGAUAAAUUUAAAA